AUGAUUCAGGGAAUCUUCUUCGCCCGCUUUUUGUCCGAACAAGGCACCAAAGUUGUGCAUCAAAGCCCGCCAGGAUGUAUCGUGCCUGAGCCGGAUGUUGAAAAGCCUCGUCUCUUCGACUUCGAGACCAUGGCCGAAUACAUAAUCCCGAGACAGGCAUUCUGCAACCGCUUCGUCACCAUCUGUGAACCAGAAAACAAGUAUCGGAUACUGGGUCACCCAGUGUGCAUCCAGGAUGAAAAGUACGCGCGAAACGAAUUUAUGUUCAAUUUCUGCAUUGUGAUCGGUGUAGAGGUGGACAAGAGCCCGUAUGAAGCCGUGGUCCGACGAUUGGCGAGCACGUUCACCGAGAUGGAGAUCCAGAACGAGUACCUGAGCCAAGAAAAUUGUUCGAGCUCCCAGGAACGACGGUCCAUUGCAGCUUUGAUUGAAAUCAUCAAAGAAGAUCUGAAUAAUUAUAAUGAGUGCAUGAUACCAGUUGAUGACGCAAAUACAAUCAACAUGAAGUUGUUUCCAAACCACAGGCAUCCACCGCCUGUCAAAUCGUGGCAUGUCCCAAUUUCCACGAUGAAAUUUUCGGAGAUUAUGGAUGACACAUGGGAUUUAACAAUGAAGAAAGUGAUUAAGCAGAUCGAUGGCAUCAAGGACGUUCGACGAAUUGCCCAUGAUGCCGACGUAGCUCUUGACUUGACCAAGAUUGCUCUUCAGCAUCUGCUUUACUAUGACUCUAUUCUCAUGCUCGACCUCUUUCUCUUUGGAAACAUUUACGCCCCAACGCCCGAAGUGAAUGACUUCGUUGCGGACAGAGACGGUAUGCAAGACGAGUGUGCCAAUUAUGUUUAUAUCAACGGACCCCGCCUUCCAAACUUCUAUCUCUGUCGUCUCUUCACUUCGCUCACCACAUCUCGGAACGUCAAAGAAUGGCUGAAGCUUCAUAUCGACCAAGGGUUUCCUGUUCUAAACUUCGUUGACGUUCGACGAUUCAUCCAAUUUGGUAUCAUCAAGGGCCUUAUUUACCGGGUGCAGAAGUAUGCUGUCUCGCCUGCAUACAUGUCGUCGCUCAUUUCUGGACAGAACAGAGUCGCAGGCGGCGAUAUCAUGCAGAAGUACCUGGAUGGUUGCCACUCAUUUGAUCAAAUCACUACAGAAAACAACAUGGCCGACGGCAAGAUCAGAGAGCAUUUACGCAAGUUCGAGGAUCUCGAUAUCAUAUAUCGAUGA